AUGAAAGCCAUAACGGCGGUGUGCGCAACUGGAGCGUCCGUGCCGGCGAUCGCCAGCGGUCGAGUGCAGCGUCACAGGGAUGGGGAGAACGCCGAAAUCCAAAUGUACCUCUCGAAACUGCAGGAUCUGGUUCCCUUCAUGCCGAAGAACAGACGGAUCUCAAAGCUAGAAGUGAUCCAGCAUGUGAUUGAUUAUAUUUGUGACCUACAAUCGGCGUUGGAGAACCACCCCGCAGUGGGUCAGUUCGAAGCGGAGGCGGCUUUGGCGCCUGCGUGCUCGUCGCCCCCGAGGCCCCGUCGCCGCCCCCUCGGACCACGGCCUGCCCCAAACACCAUUCUCCCUGAAAGAUCUUCAGUCACAACGACGACACAUCAAGCAAGUCAUACGACUUCAGAAAAACAGGAGCAGCCGGAAAGACCGACGUGCUAA